UCUUCUUCUUCUUCUUCUUCUUCUUCUUCCUCUUCUUCAUCCUUUCUUCAUCCUUUCUUCUUUUCAUCUUCAAUUUUCGUUAAGCUUCUAGGAGGUUUUCUUGAUUGAUACCAACCCAUCUCAGCUUCUUUCAAUACUGUCCUUCACUAUUGAAUCGACCACCGAAGCCACGACGACGCAGAAUAUAUACACACUAUACACAACCUUUGUACAAUACCCAACGCACGAAUUUGAUAUUCGUUGUUUGGAAAACCAAUUGAAUCUAAAAAUCUACAUUCUUUUUUCCUCAAACCGCUGGGAAAAUUAGAGAGGAGAAUUUAUUAUUGUUGAAUAAUGUCUCAUCUCGCUGUUGAGCCGGAGUUCGAGCAGGCCUACAGAGAGCUGGCCUCUACAUUGGAAAACUCCACCCUUUUCGACCAGCAUCCAGAAUAUCGCAGAGCCCUCGCCGUUGCUGCCGUGCCUGAGCGUACCAUUCAGUUCCGUGUAACUUGGGAAAAUGACAAGGGACAGCUCGAAGUUAACCGGGGUUACCGGGUUCAAUUCAACUCCGCCUUGGGCCCCUACAAGGGAGGCCUCCGGUUUCAUCCCACAGUGAACAUGUCUAUCCUGAAAUUUUUGGGCUUCGAGCAGAUUUUCAAAAAUGCUUUGACAGGACUGAACAUGGGCGGCGGCAAAGGAGGCGCCGACUUCGAUCCCAAGGGAAAAUCAGAUAACGAAAUCCGAAAAUUCUGUUUUGCUUUCAUGAUGGAACUGAGCAAGCAUAUCGGCGCUGACGUUGACGUUCCAGCUGGCGACAUUGGCGUUUCGGGGCGUGAGAUUGGAUUCCUGUUCGGUGCAUACAAGAGGCAGCGGCAUCUUUGGGAGGGUGUGUUGACUGGCAAGGGACUGAGCUGGGGCGGAAGCCACAUUCGUCCCGAGGCCACUGGGUAUGGUCUGGUUUACUACGUCCAACAUAUGAUCGAGUAUGCCACGGACGGCAAAGAAAGCUUUAAAGGCAAACGUGUCGCGAUCUCCGGCUCCGGAAACGUCGCGCAAUACGCAGCGCUCAAGGUUAUCGAAUUUGGCGGCACUGUCUGCUCUCUCAGCGACAGCCGGGGAUCGCUAAUCGUCCGCGACCACGGGGACAGUAUCACCCCAGAAGAAAUUUACAUGAUCCAACAGAUCAAAGUCGAACGCAAGCAACUUUCCAGCCUCGCCAACACCGAAGCCUUCCGCGAACGAUGCGAAUACGUCGAGGGCGAACGACCAUGGACACACGUCGGCAAAGUCGACGUCGUCCUGCCCUGUGCCACCCAGAACGAAGUCUCUGGCCCCGAAGCCCAGGCAUUGAUGGAAGCUGGCGCGAGAUAUAUAGCUGAGGGAUCCAAUAUGGGCUGCACACUCGCUGCUGUCGAGCACUUCGAAGCCAGCCGCCGCUUCCAUUCCAAGGGGAAAUCCGUCUGGUACGGUCCCGGAAAGGCAGCCAAUGCAGGUGGUGUUGCUGUCUCUGGCCUAGAGAUGGCGCAGAAUGCGCAGCGCCUGACGUGGACGGCUGCUGAGGUUGAUGCGAAAUUGAAGCAGAUUAUGAAGGACUGUUUCGAGAUCGGCGUUGAGACGGCGAAGAAAUACACCUUGCCUGACGAAAGCAAGUUGCCUUCCUUGGUUACGGGGAGCAACAUUGCUGGCUUCAUGAAGGUUGCAGCCGCGAUGAAAGAUCAGGGUGAUUGGUGGUGAAGAACGGAUCUCCUUUCUAAUUCAUUUUUGCUAAGGGAGGUUUGUUCUCUGUCGCUAUUAAGCAUCUUGUAUUCGGCCUGUUGGUGUGCUAGGGGUUCCUGCGUUUUCUUUUUGGCGUUUUGUGCCAAUAUUAUCUACACAUAACUUUUGCCCUGCUUUUUUUUCUCUCUUGUCAGUUGUGUUUCUGGGUGGGAUUGAUCGUGUCAUGCUCUUGUCUAAUAGAUCUUACGGCAAUACGUUUGGGUGGAAUAGCUGGUGUCGGAUUCUGGAUAUUAUCCUGCGAUUUUCUGUUUCUUGCAUGGUAUCUUGCACGUUUCUUGGGAUGUCUGGGUUUUUGGCUUUCGGCUUUGCUCUUUUAUGUUCGUGGUUCAUGCUCUUUCCAUGUACAAUGUACAUGUACAUAUACGUGUGCACCUGCGGUUCUGGUUUUUAUAUUUUUUUUUUUGUUUGGGAUCCUGGAUGCCGGUUGAUGUUAGCGAAUGAAUGAAUGUUAGGUUUAUGUUGAGUUUAUGACAUCGCUUUUCUUAUACCAAAAAGGAACAUGGGACAACAUUGGAGAAUAGCUAUGAUUGCUAAGUUUCGGUGCUCCCGGUGAAAUAACAUUCUUUAACUUACGAACAACAUGGACCCUCACCAUGAUUACUCCUGCGAACCUGCGUUUCUACGUUUAUGCGAGCGCCUGAAACUUGCACUGACGUCACUGCGAAUCCCAUUUCGAAGCAUAAAAGCUUCUACCUCUUAACCCAUCCCAUAACGUUCGUCUGCUUCAUUUUUCAAAACGUCCUUUUCCUCUGUCUUGCCUAUUACGACACCAAUUCAUGGCACCAGGCUCCAUAAUAGCUGCAGUCUGAGGGGGAAUAUCUGGACCCUUAUAUGGGUUUCACUUGGCUUCUACUGAGUUUCGGUGCGGAGAGGCAGUUGGUUCGACAAUCCUGUUGCUUCUUUCUCAUUCUUCUAUCAGUGUCGUAUCGAAUAACUUACAUGCGGAGAUUUUAAAAGGCUCAUCACUUAAGGUGGCCCUUAGUCAUUUUGCACUGAUUCAGCCCCCCAUACAAAGCUUCGGGAACACUGUGAAUUUGAAGCUAUUGGUCGAGUACGUCCAGCCUUCAUUACGGGUCGCCGGACAAUAAACACCCUAUCAUGAGCUCCUGGGUAAUCCGACCCGUGGUCGAACGGCUGAUAAAACCAUCUGCAUUUUUCAGUGACUAGCUGAGACUAUUAUCUGGAGCGGCCCCUUGCCAAUUGAUGUGUAUCUCACAUCUUUUGAUAUCAGGCUCGUUGUGCACUUGGUGGCGAUGUUUGGUAGCUUCACAGAAACAUUUCUCUGACGAAAUCUCAGAGGGCCUAUCUUAGGUUUGAAGCUGAGAUUGAGGGUUCAUGGAGUUAACGCAAGCCACAAAUAGGAUGCGCUGGCAGCUGAUCCUCAAGCACGCCCUGGUUCAAGGGGUGAUUAAAAAAAAGGAAGUGUGAACCACCACCUUCAGGUACUGAGUCGUACCGAAACAGCACAGGCCAUUGUAAGGUUGGCGAAAGAAAGUCAGGAGCUGAACUCCAUCUCAGAUGGUCCAAAAGCAAACCCCGUCCCAUGCAGGCUUCUCGCCAAUCCAAGACGCUUCAGAAUCACAGCCACACUGUGGCGUUUCUCAUGCUUCUUCUUGCGGUCCUAGCGUAUAUUAUUCAAGAAGUGAUGAAUUCCCCAUUCUCACCGCUUUAGCUCGUGGCGAAAACUCCUCGGCUAUCAGCAGGAAUAACAGAUUUAUCUUGCUCAGCCGUAAUACAAACACUCAAUGACUGAGCUGAAGAGAUUUAGCGAUAUGGGAAUAAGAAACAGAAGCAAACACCGCAGAAAUCUGGCUGAAGUUCUGGUACUGGGAAGAAUAUCUACUCGUGCACUGCUGAACCUCUACCUCGCAGAGUGGUUGGGUCGAUCGAUCUAGAUAUCCCUGCUCAGGGGUGAUCCUUGACUGUCCGAACCAUAUUAGCACUUUUAUUAAUCCUUUCGAGUCUGGAGAAGCUCAAGCUGUUUGCCAACACAACAGGCUAGGUAAAACGAUGACGUUGUGCUACGCAGGUACUCUUAUUCCACCACUUUGAUUAUACCUAGCAUAGAUUUUACCCACUUCUACCUGGAGGUCAAAAAGCACCGCCACAGACCCUGUGGUCGUGGCUUGACAGGGGAAAACAAAUAUCAGAGGACGCGGAGUACGGAGUAGUGUUCCGGGUUAUGCAGUACGGACGUACCGUACACAGUAGUACGGAGGCUCCUGGGAAAAGUUUUGACUUGCGCUAAGAAUUUAAACUGAAAUGCUGAUACUAGCAUUAAGUAUUGCCAUUCCAUCUCUUAAUUAUUAACCGUGCCAUGCUUACUCACUCUCUGUAGUGAGUGUGCCACAGUGUACAGAAAACCACAUCAUAUAGAAAAUAUUUUCAAUAUCUUCAUUCUUCAUCUUCAAAUAAUCAUCAUUAAUUAUAAUCAUGUCUAAAUCUUCUAAUUACACUGAGGAGUAGUUGUAAAGAGCUGUUAAUACAUAUAAAAGUAAUUUAAAAUUAAAAAUCACAUCUCUGUCAUAAGAAUUCAAAGUCUUAUAUAUCAUCUUAUAUGAGAGAAUCAAUGAGAAGAAAUCAAGAACUAUGAGAGUUUC